AGCUACAAGGGUCCGCCCAUCACCUUACCGAUAGACCCAAUGGUCAGGCCCAUAAGGCUUAAAGCGAGGCGCGUCCCGUUCGCCCUUAAGCCUAAAAUAGAGGCAGAACUGGACCGCCUAACAGCCCAGGGCGUCCUAGAACCUGUAACGUAUGCGGAAUGGGAGACCCCCAUAGUAACGCCAGUAAAACCCAACGGGGAGGUUAGGAUCUGCGCUGACUACAAGUGCACGAUCAAUAAGGCGCUGCAAGACAACCCCUACCCAGUCCCGGUGGUUAGCCACGUCCUCGCAGCACUAGCCGGGGCGAGGGUUUUUGGAAAGCUGGACUUAGCACAAGCAUACCAGCAACUGCCGGUCGACGCUAAGACAGCGGAGGCGCAGACGAUCGUGACCCACAGGGGCGCGUUCAGGGUUAAACGGCUGCAGUUCGGGGUCAGUGUAGCUCCGGGGAUAUUCCAGAGCAUAAUGGACUCUCUCUUGAAAGGGAUCCCCGGAGUUCAACCCUUCUUUGACGACGUUUUAAUCGCCGCCCCCACCGAAGGAGAGUUCAGCUGCCGCCUGCGAGAGGUCCUCAGACGGUUCCAAGCGGCGGGGCUGCGAGUCAAAAAGGAGAAAUGUUUGUUGGGUGUUCCGCGAGUGGAGUUCCUGGGGUUCGCCGUGGACGCGGCUGGAAUUCACCCGACGGCGGACAAGACCAGGGCCAUAGUCCAGGCCCCUGCCCCCAAAUGCAAGGCAGAACUACAGACCGCGGCGUUCCAGGCAGUGAAAGAUCUCUUGGUCUCUAACGCGGUACUUCAUCACUACGAUGAAAACCUACCCCUGAUCCUGGCUUGCGACGCCUCCCCCUACGGAGUAGGAGCGGUCUUAGGGCACCAACUCCCGGACGGGAGAGAGGCGCCGAUCGCUUACUACUCCCGGACUCUGUCCCCAGCCGAGCGGAACUACGCCCAGAUCGAUAAGGAGGCCCUGGCGAUCGUGGCGGGGGUGCAAAAGUUCAACGACUACCUCUACGGUAGGCGUUUCACCAUCGCCACUGAUCACAAGCCGCUCCUCGGCCUCCUAGCCCCCGAUCGUCAGACCCCCCAGAUUCUGUCUCAGAGGGUUUUAAGGUGGAACCAGUUCCUGAAUUCAUACACUUACGCUCUGAUACACCGCCCCGGUAAAGCAAUGGGUCACGCAGAUGCCCUCAGCCGCCUGCCGCUGCCCACAACGGACCCAGAUCCCGCCCCGGCACACGGGGUGAUGCUCAUUGAGACGCUCCCCGAGCGCCCACUGCACGCGGACGAGGUGGCUCGGGCGACUGGGAGAGACCGCAUCCUCGCACGGGUCAGGGACUGGGUGGGAAGGGGGUGGCCCUCGGGCAAGGUGGAAGAAGCAUUUCGGCCGUUCGCGUCCAGGAAGGACGAGCUAUCGACACACAAGGGGUGCAUACUCUGGGGGAGCCGGGUGGUGGUGCCCCCCCCCCUGCGCAGACAGGUAUUGGAGGAUCUCCACGAGACCCACCCGGGCAUCGUGAGAAUGAAAGCCCUGGCCCGGAGCUACGUGUGGUGGCCGGGCAUGGAUGAGGAAAUAGAGGGGUGGGUAAGAAGGUGCCAACCAUGCCAGGAGUCCAGACCCAAUCUGCCGUCCGCCCCGGUCCACAGGUGGGAGUCGAACGGGCGGCCGUGGUCCCGCCUCCAUGUGGAUUUCGCGGGGCCGUAUCAGGGCCAGAUCUUCUUUAUACUUGUGGACGCAUAUACAAAAUGGCUAGAGGUUAUCCCGGUGGCCUCGACCUCCACCGCAGCAGCAGUCAGGGCGCUCAGAAGGGUCCUCUGCACACACGGGAUCCCUGACACCCUGGUGACGGACAACGGCACGGCAUUCACCUCCCGGGAAUUCCGGGAGUUCACCGACCGGUACCUCAUCAGGCACAUAAGGUCCACCCCAUUCCACCCAGCCACCAACGGCCAGGCGGAGCGCAUGGUGCGGACCACCAAAGAGGCCCUUGGCCGUAUAGUACAUGGGGAUUGGGACCACCGCCUCUCAGCAUUCCUGUUCCACAACAGGAUCACCCCAAACCCUGUAACCGGUUUCAGCCCCGCAGAACUGCUCAUGGGGAGGAAACUGACCACUCGACUAGAUAGGCUACAC